CGAUAUAUAUACCUUUUAAGGACACGAGUCUCUCUGUAACGACUCCGGACUAGGAAGGCACUUCCAUUUUAAGGAUACCGGGUUUGGGGAUCAACGUUUCACUUUGGAGGGGAGGGCGUGUAGGACGCCCUCUUAAGGCUUCUCUUCACCCCCGAUGGCGCUACCCGGCUCCUCACAGGACCAGGCCUGGAGCCUGGAACCUCCCACUCCCACGGCCCCUACCUCCUCGUCCUUGGGCUCCCAGGAGCGGGAGGGCGCCGGGAGCCCAGUGGUCUCCGGGGGGCUUCCCUUAGAGAAGGUGAAACGGCCCAUGAACGCGUUCAUGGUGUGGAGCUCCGCCCAGCGCCGCCAGAUGGCGCAGCAGAACCCGAAGAUGCACAACUCGGAGAUCUCCAAGCGCCUGGGCGCGCAGUGGAAGCUGCUGGGCGAGGACGAGAAGCGGCCCUUCGUGGAAGAGGCUAAGCGGCUCCGGGCCCGGCACCUGCGCGACUACCCCGACUACAAGUACCGGCCCCGGCGCAAGACCAAGAGCGCGGGCGCCGGGUCGCCCCACUUCGGCCAGGGAAGCGGCGGCGUGGCUGGCGGCGGGCCGGUCUGGGGGCCCGGGUACACGACCACCCAGGGGAGCAGAGGCUUUGGAUACCAGCCCCCCAACUACUCGACAGCCUACCUGCCUGGCGGUUACGGCUCUUCCCACUGUAAACCGGAGGCCCCCUCGCCGUGCUCUCUCCCUCAGAGUAACCCAAGGCUCCAGGGGGAGCUGCUCCCCCCUUACAGCCCCUACCCACCCCCAGGCUCUCCCACUCUGUACAACGCUCCCCUCCCAGGGGCCCCCAUGCCCCUAGCCCACCUCUAACCCUCAUGGACAUGGACCUCCCAGAAAGGUUUCCAUCCUCCUUUUCUACCCAGAAACACCCCACUACCACCACCACCACCACCACUCCCAGUCUGCAAACCCUGUUCUAGAACUGUGUUGG